CCUAUCAAGCUUGAUAUUUUGAACAUUUUUGCAGGAAUAUAAACAUUUAGUCAUACGGAUUAUAAUUCAAAUAAGCCUCUCGGCAUCUAACUUAUGAUGUUUUAAUUCUACAUAAUUAGGUAAACUUUCAAAGCCUAUAAUUCAGAAGCCAGCAAAGAUUUUACAAAAAUACCUCUUUAAAAUUUCUUCCGUAUGAUUCUGUAUGAAAGCAAAUGUUUUUUUUCCGGGGGUUAACUUACAUGCAGCAAGCUAGAUUUUCAGGUAAAUCGACAGUGAGAUACUGUAAAGUUUGCAAAAAAAAUGCAAUGAAAAAGUAGGUAUUUAAUAAAUUAUAAAAGUGUUUAAAAUAUGGUACAUAAGGACAAAAAAGAAAAAAAGAAAUAAAAGAAAUAAUUAAAAAGAAACAAAGAAAACAAGCGAUGUCACAUUUAUCAAAGACAGCUAGUGGGAUUUGUCCUAAGUUGAGUUAAAAACGCACUGUUCUAACCAUGCUACAUGUAAAAAAAGUAUUCCAUAUUGCCUUAAGGUAGGGGAUGUGACGCUUUUGAGGGCGUUGGGAACGGUGAGCUAAUUUUAAAGAGUCACUGGCUUAUCAUUUAUUUUCGUAAGAUUGAAAUUUAAGUUUUAAGUUUCGAAAAUGUCACAUUAAUAAUACAUUUAGAAGUUUAAAUUAAAAAUCUUUCAAAAUGAUUCGCGCCUUAUAUCAAAAACAGAAUGUCCUUGUGCAAACAAUUCCGAAAAGAUUAGCAUCCUUCGUUGCUGUGGAACCUGACACUUCAAAGAAGCAUGGUUCGUAUAUAAAGGGAAGAAUCUUCUUACCGAGUUCAUCGCAUGAGGAUAUGCCACACCACUUGAGUUAUUCUGCCAAUCCUAACUUGAAAGUUUUUCAAUUUUACGGCGACCCCAAUAACAUCAAAACAAUUGCUGAGUCAUUCAGAAAAUGCAUUGAUGAUAAUUUACCAAACAGCAGUGCCAUACUAUUCAAGAAGCUUCCGAUUAAUAACGAAUUUGUUUUUAACGAAAUGAUCAAAUACUCCAACUACAACGCAAUGCAGUAUAUAUCAGGAAAUGUAAGUCGAGGUACAGUGGUUGGAAAUGUCUACGAAUCAACUGCCGAACCGCCUGAACUUAGCAUAGACCUUCACAAUGAAAUGUCUUAUCUUAAAUGGUACCCUAAAAAGAUCAUGUUUUGCUGUCUCGUCCCACCAGAGAUUGAAGGUGAGACUCCUGUUUGUUUUAACAGAGAAUUUUCACCAAAACUCGAUCCAGAUUUCGUUGCAAAGGCAGAUGAAAAGAAAAUUCGAUACAUUCGUAAUUAUGGAAACAGAGAGAAUACAAGUUACAUGACAUGGCAAACUAUCUUUAACACAGAAUCGCGAAAGAAAGUCGAAGAGGUAUUAAGGGCCUUAGACAGUGACUGGGAAUGGCAUUCCGACGGAACGCUAACUUCUUGGCAUAUUGGAGAAGCUUUUAUAACUCAUCCAAAAACGAAAGAAAAGAUUUGGUUCAAUCAACUCGCUGCAGCUCACAAAUCGUAUUAUUUCGACCACCCGGACUUUUAUAACCGACCUGACCUCACUGUAAAGCAGAUACCACUGCAUACGACUUAUGGAGAUGGAGAGGAGGUUGAAUUGCGUCAUAUAGAUCACCAUCGUAUGGUUCAAUGGAAUUCAGCAUUUGGUUUUCAAUGGGAGCAAGGAGAUGUGCUAGUGUUAGAUAAUUUACUGGCUCAGCAUGGAAAAUUAAGUUUUCAAGGUCAACGAAAGCUUGUUGUGUCCUUAAUUGACGAAUAAGGAGAUUUUUUUUAUUUAAUUAGCGAUGGAAUCGAUUUUUUAAAUUCACAUAAAUAUUGUCGUGUGCCGUAAGUUUUUAUGAUUAUGUUCGAAUAUUUUCUUUUUUAAUUUUAAAAGGGGUGUAGCUUCAGUGCUUUGUUAAGGUGAAACUUA